GCCUUCCCCUCAGCGGGGAUGGAGAGGGAGGGGCGCGCUGGCGUACCCGCACCGGGCCGGGGCUUGGCCGAGCGAGACUCUGCCCGGGCGCAGAAACUCAAGGUGCCCUUGGAAGCAAGAACUGAAGGGUGUAGUGGGGAAAAAAAAACACACCACCUCACAAAAAACCCAAACCACCGAAGUCAAGGUGAAAUUGUUGUAUCUUCAGCUUCCAGCUUAGGUCGAGUCGUGAGUAUGAGCCAGGCCUAAUCUAACUUAAAUAGGGGACCUCUUAUGGAAAAAUACAUAUUUUCUAUUGGGAUAGAACCCUUUGCAUGUGUUUGGCCUGCUCAAAGAGGCUCUGGGGGUGUCCAGUUUCAGACUUGCUAUGUGAGCUUGCUGGUGGCGUUAGGAGACCUUUUCUAUCAUUGACCUCUUCUUCUUCAGGGCAGGGUCCAUCCCACAGCCAGGAGAUCAUGAAUUACAGUAACCUGUGCACCAGGUACACUUUAUUAUCCAGUCACCUGCUGCCCAGUCCCUUUCUCAACUCCUCUGAAGGCCGACAGUAGUGUGUGGGGUGAGAGGAAAACCUUUCUGUAACCACGUCACAAGUACUGGUCUGAAGGAGGGCGGCCGGACCUGCUCCAGGCACAGGGGAGAGCCGGGCUCUGCCUUCAUUCCCCGUGGGGCUGUUGCUGCUGCCUUGCUGGGCUGGGGCAGGAUGAGGGUUGGUUGCCCAGGCAUGCAGCCCCAGGAUUUUGGUGUUAAAUUGCCUCUUGCCCUGAAUUUUAUGCAAUUAGUUUAGCAGCCUGCUGGUUUCAUAGGUAUUUGUAGAUUGAUUAGAUUUAGUAAAAGAGCUCUUUAAAUAAAUGAGUUUUUUACUCUGAUGUCAAUCAAGUUCUAGCCUAGUAAUUCCCAGCUAUUAAAAAAAAAGCUUUCUCUACAAGCUGUGGGUGCUUUAUCUUGACACAUUUCUUUGACUUGGUAUUUUUAUUCUUCUUUGUCCCUUUUAUGCACAUGUAGAAACACUUGUGUGGUGUUCUGUGUGUACAAUUCAAAGUGAAGGUUUAAAAAAAAAAGCCCUGCAGCCCUGUUUGUAUAGAGUAGGCUAUACCUACACCUAAUUCAGAUUGUUAAUCAGGAUAACAAGUGUGAAGGAUUUAUGGUGUCUCUCCAUGGACCCUUCUCCCAAUAAAAUGUAGCUCCUUGUGAAAAGGUUGGGAAAAAACCCACCAAAACACAGGGCUUGUUUAGUUUCCAUGGGAAAGGAUACUGUUGACUCGAGAUUAGGUAAUGGACACUAAUGUUGAUUACAUCAGUGGAAAAAACCAAAACUUCCUUACCGUAGUUUGCAGUGCGUGUUUCACCUGUAAGAGCUCCAGGCUGUUAAUGGGAGGCAGACUUUUCAGCCACCCAGCAGCACAGUAAUAAUAAUCAAAAGCUCUGUUCCAGUUACUAGUGCUUGUGUGUUACGUUCCUGAGCCCUCUGCUCCUGAAGUUCUGGACAUAACAGCUGAGGAAGCUGUAUUCCCACACAUAGGAAGUUUUAGAGGAGUUCUGACCUCUUCAGUUCUGGCUCCUGUUCCUCCUGCCAUGGAAACAGAUAGAUGGUUGACCCAGGUCAGCUAGGAAUCCUUAACCUAAUCACCCUUUUUAUUUAAUAAAUGAGCUUUAGCUUUUUUUUUUAAAAAAAAAAAAAAGCAGAACUGUCACUCUGUAGUAAUUCCAUGUUUCCAUGGCACUAGGAGUGGCAGCUGCAGCAGAAGGAAAUAUUAGAAGUAUUUUCCAGAUUCUAAAACAGGGCUGGGAGCUGGGAAGGAUCUUGCAUGGAGAAUAGGUUUGAAUAGGCUAAAGCCUUUAACCUCUUUGGAAAGAGGAUGGAAAACCCAUUAUGCCUAAUGCUGAAAAAUCAAAACCUCAAGUUAUCCUUAACUGCUAAUUUUGCUCAGAGAGGCUUAUCUUAAAAGAAUGUCUCUUUAGAACAUUGGAAUGUAUUUGGAAGAGCUCCAGGGCCCUUCAAGAAGGGAGACUUCCCAGCCAUUGCUGCUUUCCUGGUGAACCAGCACAUCCAGACUGGCCCUUGUUGCAGAGGUGUAUUCACAGAACAGGUGAGUGAAUCACAGGCAGUAGAAUAUGGCUGGGCAAAUAUCGGAAUCUGAUCAGAUCAAGCAGUUCAAGGAGUUUCUUGGAACAUACAAUAAACUUACAGAAAACUGCUUCCUGGAUUGCAUAAAGGAUUUCACCAGCAGAGAGGUUAGACCGGAAGAGAUGACUUGCUCAGACCACUGCCUACAGAAGUAUUUAAAAAUGACGCAGAGGAUCUCCAUGAGAUUUCAGGAGUACCAUAUUCAGCAGAAUGAAGCUCUGGCAGCUAAAGCAGGGCUGCUUGGCCAGCCUCGUUAGACAGGAGCACUCUGUUCAGACUUCACAAGCAGUGCCAGUGUUCACUGGGCAGGAACACACUUUGGAUAUUCUGCUGUCGGGAUAUGUCCAGCAACUCAGAAGAGAGUCCUAGAUGCUGUUCAGACAGUGGAAACCAUGAAGGGUUAAACAAGAAGUUAGUCAUGGUGGACUGGCAAUGGAGUCUGUGGCUGAAGCCCUUUUCAUUCUACAAUGGAGUAAUACUGAUAUAAACUUUUCCAGGGCCCACAGACUGGCGUGUUUAAAUUUCAGGGGGGGUGGGAGGGUUAUACUUCCUUUCUGCUAGGACUGCUUCAGAUGAAAAAAAAAAAAGUGUAAUACGGGAAACACACUUUUUUAUUUAAUUCAAGUAAAAUAAAUGGGAGCUGUACACUUGUAUGCAUGUUCUUUCCAAAGAUGUAUCUUUAGGACACUGCUCGAGAGCAGUGUUUUGUUUGCUGUGGUCUCAUUCCUCCUCAGCUACUACAGCGUUCUGCUCAUUCAUUGCUGCUUUAAGUUGCUGGUAUGUAACAGGAUUAAUGACUUUGUUUCAGCAGCUGGGGAUCUGUGAAGGGGUUCUUUCUCUUAAUUUGGGAAGAACUUCUGCUGAGCCACCCUCACAGAGCCUUGUGAUCACCCUGACUCUCCUGGACUGCUGGGUGGUGAUGAGUAGAGCCUCAAGCCAAGGGUGGUUAUGAAUGGCAGACAGCUGCAGUUCCUAAUGAGCUCGGGUAGGCAGGGAUGCUCUGCCAGCUUAUCCCUAGGUUACAUUUGCCUCUUGCUUCACCAGGUCAUUUACAAGGGACAGGAGUGUGACAGCAGCAGCACCUCUGCCUGAGGCAACUUCUGUGAAGUCUUUGGUUCCCUUGGGGAGCCCCAGGGGCCCUCUGCACCCAAGCAUGAUGCAUGCAUGGUCCAGUCCCCAUCCCUGGAGGUAUUUAAAAGACAGGUAGAUGAGGUGCUUAGGGACAUGGUUUAGUGGUGGGAUGGCAGGGUUAGGGUAAUGGUUGGGCUUGAUGAUCUUAAAGGUCUUUUACAGCCUAAACGAUUUUAUGCCAAGCCCUGCGCUUGCUGGCAGUUUUUUCCUUUAAUUGCGUGAUUGCUGACAAAGUACAAGGGUAUGCACAAUAUGAUGUCUCUCUUUGCUGCUGGAUGAGUACAGAGAGAAGUUGGUGGAAGCCAGCUGUUCUGAUGCUGUGGGUUUAGUUUAGAAAAAAACACCAGUCCACUGAAUGGACCUCAAUAGCUGAAAUCCUGCCAGCUGGUUGUUAGUACAGCAGAACGAGAGCUAACAGGCAUGUUUUACUUUAGUUCUAACUAAUAAAAUGCAGUAACAAAAGGAACUCGAUAUCACCAUAUCAAUUUUGAGAUUUCAAGCGAUGAAAACUGAAACAAAGCUAUUUCAUGUCAGCUGCCAGGGUCUGUUGUGGGGUAGAAAGGCAGCAAUACGGAACAGAAAUGGCAGGAAGCCUACCCACAUGCUGCUGUUGUUGUUACCUUCUCUGUAGCUUUUUAUUUCCAGCAGCAGUUUGAAAGAAUGAUUUCCUUGC